GCUUUGGGGUGCGGGGAUGCUCGGGACCGCCGACGAGAUGGUCGAGGGGGUCUCGCUUUUCGGAGUCAUCAAGAAGUACCUGCUUGAGGAGGGGGACCCCCUCAGCCCCGCCAGGCGCCAGGCGCGCCCCAUCUGGGACCAGAGGCGGGCCAACCUCCGCUGGCAGAGGCCCCCGUGCGUGCCCCUCGGCAGCCCCGCGACCUUCGCUCACGUGGACCUUUCCAACUUGGGCGAGAGGGACGUGGUCUACACUGGCGUGGGCGACAUCCCGGACAUGUUCUAUCGUUUGGAGACGCCGCCCGAUGUCUGGCCCUACUUUGUCUUGGAGGAGGUGCCAGUCCACGAGUUCGUCGACUACAUGAGGACCAAGGGGCGGGACUGCGUCAUCCCCGAUGGCGGGCCCUUCCUGGCGCUGAAGGUCCUAGUCAUGGGCUGGUCGUGGGCCCCGUUCUUGGCCCACUCUACGCUGCAGGCCUGCAUGGCGCGCGGGCUCGGGGAGGACUCCGUCGGCGCGCGUCUGGUCUAUGGGGCUCCGACGCCUCAACUGACUGGGCCCGAGGGGUUCGAGUCGGUGAACUGGGCGCACAUGGACGACUGCGGGGCCAUGGCCACGUCCGCCAGCGCGCGGCAGCCGGUGAGCGAGGUCGUGAGCGGACUGACGGCCCGAGUCAAGCACUACUUGAGGCAGGUCGGGCUCCCCGUCCACAAUAAGACCGAAGGCGAGGGGCUCGAGUCGCUGGGGGCGGUCAUCCGAGGCCGACCCUACUCCGUCUCAGCAGAGACCGACCGCGCCUGCGGCUUGGCUCUGGUGACGCUGCGGCUGGCGUGGGCGGCCAUCUUCCAGCGCACGGGCCUUGCUAUCUUCGACCAGGUGUACCACGAGAUGAGACGUCCCGAGACCGCCAAGACGCCGUUCCGACUGACGGACGCGGCGAGGUGGGAGCUGACUACGAUGGCGUAUUGCGCGCCCCUCUUACGUACAGAUCUCGAAGCUCCGUGGCUCUCGCAGGUGUUCAUGACGGACUCCAGCGACACGGGCUACGGAGCGGCGGUCACCGACGCAUCGUUGGAGGAGAUCAGGAAGGACGCCCGUUACAGCGAGAUGAGAGGAUGGACGAUCGCCACCGAGGAUAUCUACACAGCCCAGGAGGAGGACGCCUGGGUCCCCCACGCUGGGGGGUGCGCCUACGACGUCGACGAGCUUAUCGAGGCCUCGACUGCACCGCCGCCGCGGGUAAGUCGGAGGGUCUACCGGGUGCUGUACCUCUUCGCGGGCAGGCGCCGGGAGGGGGAUCUAGAGGAGGCCAUCCACUCGCGGGCGGAGCUCGACGGCUACGAGGUCGAGGUCUGGUCCAUCGACGCGGUGAUCAACCCGAAGCACGACCUCACCAACGACGAGUUCGUCGGCCUGAUCCUGAGCCUGGCGCGCGACGGGUACUUCCACGCAGUGAUCGCCUGGCCCCCAUGUUCAACUUGGAGUCGGGCUCGCUUCCUGGGGAAGGGGCCCAGGCCCUUACGGACACGCCUCGGGCCUUGGGGGACGAGCGACUUGUCAUUCACAGCCUUCGAGCGCCUCCGCCUGGACCUAGGGUCGCGCCUUUUGCUGUCGGCCAUGCAGGCGGUCCGCGAGGUAUGUCGAGCUGGAGGCCUGGGCUUGAUGGAGCACCCUGCGGACCCAGAGGAGGACCCAUGCCCGUCAAUCUGGAACCUACCCGAGAUGGCAUGCCUCCUCGAGGAGACGGGCGGGAGGAUCAAUCGGAUCGACCAGUGCCGCUACGGAGCCCCAUCGACGAAGCCGACCAUGAUUGGCAUCUUCGGGUUCUACGACGACGCACUGGACCUCGCCGCGGACCGUCUCCGCUUGAGGUGCAACCACCGAGGGAGGCAUCAGACAGUACUCAAGGGACGGGCGGAGCGAGGCCGUCCCGAUUUCUGCACCGCCUCCGCCCAGGCGUACCAGCCGCCGCUGUGCACCGCGCUGGCGGAGGUGAUCAUCGAGGCUUUCGCCCGCAUGACGAAGGAGAUGAGUGGCCCCGAUCCGACGGGCUCGCGCGUGUCUCCAUCCACUUCGCCCUUCGGCCCGCCGAGGUCACGAUCUACGCGACCUGGGCCGCGCCUGUACGGGAUACGCUGGUGGGUAGCCGCCGUGGCAUUGGAGGCAGCCCACCCUGUUGGAGCGGUUCGCCCGAAGCCGCCCAGGGCGGGAGACAUCCCCCUGCAGAAGCGAGGGCCACGGGCGCGGGAGAACUACGAGAAGGAGCCGCACCUGGGCAUCAGCGAGGGCGGCUUCACAAGGCUGCUUACCCACUCCGUGGCGGACGUCACCGCGGCGCAGUGGGCCCCGAAGGUUCGAGACUUUCUUAGCCACUGUGUCGACAAGGGUUGGGAGCUGCGGUCCGCGAACGCCGUGGACCACGCCCUGGCCGACUACAUGGACAUGAAGUGCUACAAGGACCGGAUCCGUCCUACGUGGGGGUCGAUCGUCUUAUUCGGGCUGCUGGUGAUUUGGCUUGAGCUGAGGAACCAGCUUCCCCUGGCCUUGCGAAGCCUGAAGAGCUGGCAGAGGCUGGUUAUCUCUGUGGAAGGGGGUCCUCUGCCUGAGGAAGCUGUCUUCGCCAUCGCCAUCUACUUCUUCGAGGCGGGGCUCCUAGAUGAAGCCAUCUGGACCCUGGUGCAGUACGACGUCUACGGGCGGGAGCAGGACAUGGAGAUGCUACGCGAGGCCGACAUCAUCUGGGAUGGCCGAUGCGCGGGCCUCCUGUUUGGCAUCUCGUCCCGAGGCGAGGAGGGCAAGACGGGCAGCAACCAAGGGGUCGUUAUCCGCCGCGGCACGGUCGCGAGCCUCAUGCUGGCCCUGAAGGACGUCAAGAAGAAUGUCACGGGGCCCAUCUUCGGCCCUAAGCAGGCAGGUUUCCGCAAAGAGUGGCGCCGCGCAUGUCGCUCGCUUGGGAUGCCAUGGGCGCCGCCUCCGCACGGGCUCCGCCACUCGGGGCCCAGCGAGGACGUGGCCCGAGGACGGGCCAGCCUAGAGCAGGUGCGGAGGCGGGGCAGGUGGAAGGCAUUGUCCAGCGUCCAACGGUACUCCAAGACGUUCGCCCUCACGCAGUUCCGCGCAAAAAUGCAGAAGAAGGUGCUGGACGUGGGAUCCCGUGCGACCUCAGACCUGGCCGCCGAGAUACUCCGCGCGAUAGAGUCCCGCACCAACUACAGCAAGCACAAGCAGCAGCAGCAGCUGGUCGACGGCAUCAGGACGAAUCUGAAGACGAAGAAGGUGAAAUAUGUCGCCGCAGAGCUCUUGAUGCUGGGACCCACCACCAACAAGAGGUCCACCACCAACAAGAGGUCCACCACCAACAAGAGGUCCACCAAGGGUGACACAAGCUGCCCAGAGUCCGACGACCUCUACUCCGACGAGACGUGGGGA